UUUUUCCUCGAGUUAAUCACAUUCCCAGGCACGUUUCUUUAACUUCCAUAAUAUUAAAACCAGUAAAUAACAGCGUUUCGGACUUUCAUACUAGGAUUUUAACGAUAGGAUCGUAUGUGAAAGGACAGUUGAACAAGGGCUUGAAUUGUACGAAGGCAAAUGGUUCCAUCAGUUAUAAAUGAACACGGUUAUAAAAUGGCCUAACGUAAGAAAAGAUGGCUACCAUAUUAUCCAGAAGUUUCAGAGUUUUCCAUUUUUUACACAGAGCCUAUUUCCACAGAUCUGUGUGGAGUUAUCAUGGUGAAAAAUGUUUGACAAGAGUCAACAUGGUUACCAGACACUUAAAAUCAGCCUCGAAUGUGUGUGAAACAAAAACAGAAGUCUCUUCUAGACUGUCAUCUCCAUUUAAUAAGCAUUUUAAUUCAGAACAUCGAGUGUGCAUUUCAGUUUUAAAAUCUAGUCAAGAUUGUGUUAGAAGUAAGAGAGAGACUCAUCAUGCAGUUUCUAUGUCAGGAGUGUAUCCAAAGACUCUUGCUGAAUCUCUAGUCCACAGUAUGCCUGGGAGUAUUCAACCCUAUCUAAAGCUGAUGAGAAUUGAUAGACCAAUAGGAACGUGGCUACUUUUAUGGCCUUGUGCUUGGAGUAUUGGAUUGGCUACACCGGCAGGCCACUUUCCCGAUCCAUACUAUUUAGCAUUGUUUGCAGCUGGGGCAUUACUGAUGCGAGGAGCUGGCUGUACUGUAAAUGACAUGUGGGAUAAAGACAUAGAUAAGCAGGUUGCCAGAACUAAAGAUCGUCCUUUAGCCAGUGGUCAGUUGAACAUGAUAGACGCGUGGGUUUUACUUGGAGGUCAGUUGAGCUUAGCCCUUUUUGUGCUGUUACAGUUGAAUUGGUACAGCAUUGUACUUGGAGCGAGUUCUUUAGGGUUAGUAGUAACCUAUCCACUCAUGAAGCGUUUCACUUACUGGCCACAGGUGAUGUUAGGUUUAACAUUUAACUGGGGAGCUUUCCUUGGUUGGUCAUCUAUUUGUGGAACCUGUAAAUGGUCUGCAGUGCUGCCUCUUUACACUGCCUGUAUUUUUUGGACUUUGAUAUAUGACACCAUCUACGCACAUCAGGUGAUCAGAUUAUUAAAUGUACUUCACAUUUGAAAUAAAGGACUUAAA